CAUGCAACAAGAAAAACUCAGUUUACCCUCUAUCGAAUUUAUGCUUCCCAAAGUGGAGGUAUGCUUAAAAGAAAAACCAAAACGACAACAUCGAGCGAGUCAUAGUAUAAGUAGUCUUCCAUCAGAACUACAACAGCUCUCGAUAUCCGCACCAGCCUAUAUACCCGAUGAAAAGAGUGAAAAUAACCAACCGAGUUGGAUGGUGAUGAUGCCCUCUGCUGGUGCAAACAGUAUAAGUAGGCAUGGUCGAAGUCUAUCUGAAUUUCCACCUUUACCCGUGAUCAAACAUCGUCAUCAAACACAUAAACGAUCUGCCUCGGCUAACACACCUCAUUUAUCGUUUACCCAUCAUACCACCACCACCACAGUAAGAGCACGCACCGAUAGUCCACCUACCGUGACCAUGGCAACUCCUCAGGAAGAAGAAGAAAAGUCACAUACUGCUACAGAAGCGCUAUAUGAUGCAUUGAACCUAAAGAAGGAAAAGAAGUACGAUACGUUGAUGGUAGCCAGAGACGAACAUACGGGAAGAUAUUAUUGUCCGUUUUGUAAUAAAGCCUUUAACCGACCCUCCUCACUUCGGAUCCAUACGUAUUCUCAUACAGGGGAGAAACCUUUUGCUUGUCAAGAAGAAGGUUGUGGACGUCAAUUUAGUGUUCAAAGUAAUAUGCGAAGACAUUUAAGGGUACAUCAAUUAGGUAAAUCCAAGGUCAAAGUACCUCUCCCUUAAAUCUCCUCCUUCCUUUUUUCUAUCCCGAUUUGCCGCUUUUUGCCCUCCUCUCUUUCCCCCCCCCCCACCCCCGUAACCGGAGUUGCUCACUUCUUUGUAUCUUUUUUUUUUCUAUCUCUCUUUUAUAUGUACUCUAUAAUUAGACUUUUUUUUUUCUUUUACGUCCUAUCCCCUUCUCUAUAUAUAAAUGACAAUAAUAAUUUAAAAAAAAAAGGCUUUGGAAUUAUGAUUUAAAAAAA